AUGGCUGUAUUUGUGUUUGGCUCGAAUGCAGUUUCUCAGCUAGGUUUAGGUGAAGACGGUGAAAGUACACGUGUUCCAACAAGGCUGGGGUUCUUUGAUGACAUAUUGAUCACGAAGGUCAGAUGUGGCUCUAUGCAUGCGCUUGCAUUGAGUUCAGAAGGUGUUUUAUACUCAUGGGGAUGUAACGAUGAAGGUGCACUGGGACGGGAUGGUGAUGAGUCUACUCCUGCAGAAAUAACUAUUAAUGAAAAGGUUAUUGAUAUGGAUUGCGGGAUAUCUAUAUCUGUUGCAUUAACCAAGAGAGGACAUGUGUAUAUUUGGGGAACAUUCAGAACUUCUAACGGUGUGUUUGGGCUGACACCGUCUAAGAGAAUUUCGUUUAAGCCGAUGAGGGUUGCUUUGAAGAACAUAAAGUCUGUUUAUGCUGGGCAUGGCUUUGUAGCAGCAAUUGACUCGAAAGGAAUUGUUUUUACAUUUGGAUCGAACCAGUUUGGAGUGCUAGGACGAAAGACAUCUGAACGGAACAAAGUAAGAGCUCUGAUGCCUGAUGCAGUGACAAAUAUCAGGACUCGUCUGAAAAAUUAUAGAUUCAGUAGCAUAGGAUGUGGACUGAGCCAUUUAAUAGCAUUGAACACAUGUGGUGAGGCAUACUGCUGGGGAUCUAAUGUAUAUGGACAACUAGGGCAUCAUAAAGCAGAAAGCACAAUUAGGAAAUAUAAGGUAGACCUUGAUGGAAUAUCUCAGGUAUGUGGAGGAGGAUACCACAGUCUGUUUGUCACUGAAAGUGGAGAUAUUUAUGGAUGUGGUAGAAACAUUGAGAGUCAGCUUGGGAUUAUAAAAGCAGAAGACUCGCAUAGUCUUGUUAAGAUAGGGCUUAAGAAUGUCAGGAUGGUGCGUUCCUAUAGUGAUUUUAGUGUAUGCUUAGUGGGAAAUGAUCUGUACUCAUGGGGAAUGGGUUUUGGUGGAGCACUUGGAUUUGAUGAAGAGAUUGUUGCCACGCCUAGAAGGAUUCCGUUUGAUUUUCCUGAGGUGGUUGAUUUUGAUGUUGGAAAUGAUUUCUGCGUUGUGAUAGUAAAUUAA